CCCUCCACCCCUGAGGAAUCCCCGCUACUAUAGUCCGGGAUCCGCCAACCUCGCAGCCAAUCCGGGAUCCGACUCUAUCCCUCCUGUCUCCGCCUUGACGUUCAAAUCCUUUCCAGCAUUCUGCACGCCCCUGCGGGAUUGGAGCCCUGAGGAGCGAGCAUGUUUUUGACCCAGAGGAGACUCUGUUCCCUUGGCUCUAGAACAAAAUUUCUAAGGACAAUUUAUUCUUCAAAAAUCCUUGGAUUCUCUACUUCUGCUGUUGGUAUCACUUAUCACAGACUGACAAAUUAUUGUACAUAUUCUGCAAUGUCACCAAAAAAGUUUUGGAGACUGAAAACCAAAGAUCAAAGCAGAGUCAUUUCCUCCCAAGGGCUGUGAGGAAGAAUGUAUUCAAUGUCUCUCCUGUCUUCUGGGCAUUUCCUGGCAGUCUUUGGUAUUCCUUGGUUUGUCAGAAGCAUCACCCCACCCCUGCCUUUACCUCAUCCAAGGUUCUCAGGGAAAUGUCUUUGAAAUUCAAAAAUGCAAAACGAAUUGAAGGACUUGACAGUAACGUAUGGAUUGAAUUUACCAAGUUGGCUGCUGAUCCCUCUGUCGUGAAUCUUGGCCAAGGUCUUCCAGAUAUAUCCCCUCCCUCCUAUGUAAAAGAAGUGUUGUCAAAGGUUGCAUUGAUGGAUAGCCUGAAUCAGUACACACGGGGAUUCGGUCAUCCGUCACUUGUGAAAGCUCUAUCCUGCCUAUAUGAAAAGUUGUAUCAAAAUCAAAUCAAUCCAGAUAAAGAAAUCCUUGUAACAGUAGGAGCAUAUGGGUCUCUUUUUAAUGCCAUUCAAGGAUUAAUUGACGAAGGAGAUGAAGUCAUAAUAAUGGUCCCUUUCUAUGACUGCUAUGAGCCCAUGGUGAGAAUGGCUGGAGCAACACCUGUUUUUAUUCCCCUAAGAUCUAAACCUGUUGAUGGAAAAAAAUGGUCUAGUUCUGACUGGACAUUAGAUCCUAAAGAACUGGAAAGUAAAUUUAAUUCCAAAACCAAAGCCAUUAUACUAAAUACUCCACACAACCCCUUUGGCAAGGUGUACACCAAAGAGGAACUCCAAGUAAUUGCUGACCUUUGCAUCAAAUAUGACACACUCUGCAUCAGUGAUGAAGUUUAUGAAUGGCUUGUAUAUACUGGAAAUAAGCAUUUAAAAAUAGCCACGUUUCCAGGUAUGUGGGAGAGAACAGUAACAAUUGGAAGUGCUGGGAAAACUUUCAGUGUGACCGGUUGGAAGCUUGGCUGGACCAUUGGUCCCAAUCAUUUGAUAAAACAUUUACAGACGGUUCAACAAAACACUGUUUACACUUGUGCAACUCCUCUACAGGAAGCCUUGGCUCAAGCUUUUUGGAUUGACAUCAAGCGCAUGGAUGACCCAGAGUGUUACUUUAAUUCUUUGCCAAAAGAAUUAGAAGUAAAAAGAGAUCGGAUGGUGCAUUUACUUGAAAGUGUUGGCCUGAAACCCAUAGUUCCUGAUGGGGGAUACUUCAUCAUAGCCAAUGUGUCUUCACUGGAUGCUGACCUCUCUGAUAUGAAGAAUGAUGAGCCUUAUGACUAUAAAUUUGUGAAGUGGAUGACUAAAAAUAAGAAAUUAUCAGCCAUUCCUGUUUCAGCAUUCUGUAACUCAGAAACUAAACCACAGUUUGAAAAGUUUGUGAGAUUUUGCUUCAUUAAAAAAGACAGCACACUGGAUGCUGCUGAGGAAAUCAUCAAGGCAUGGAAUAAACCGAAGUCUUGAUGUGUACAGACUGUGCUGAGGGUUCCACUACAUGGCCUAGUAUGAACUUGUUACUCAGGGCUGCCCCCUGCUGUGUAUUGAAAAACAAAUAUUUCAAUACAAAUGAAUUUAAAUAAAUAUUUUCAUUGUUUUCCAAAGUUAAGCUCAUUGCUAACAGUAUUAAGGAGAUCUAACAUUUUUUUAGUUGGAUUGUAUUAAAACAGCUUUUAUCAUUUUAUGAGAGUCAACCCAACAUAGUGGAUGAGAACUGGGAGAUACUUUACCUGCUAAACCUCUGUUUCAUUUUCCUCAUUAAAAAAGAGGAGUAGAAAUAGCAUCAGCUUCACAUGGGGAUUGUUUGUGAAGAUUGAUGGCCUAAUCUAUGUAAAACCUGGUAAACAAGCUCUUGUAACAGUAGCCAAUUUUAUUUCUCCAUUGUGUAAAAACUCCUAGCCAGUUACACCCCUCUGUCCCAUAUCAUUAUGCACCUGACAUUCUCUACCUUUCAUUUACCAAUGCCCUAGAACUUUGCUCUAUUCCAAGUACUGCAUCAUUUGGGGUGGCUUUGUGGACAAGCUAGGUUUUCUGCAUAUUGACCUCUUCACCUCUGGUCAUAUUCACCUCCACUCCACUUCAGCCACCCACUCCUUUGGGCACACCUUGAGGCUUUCACCAUUCAGAGAUAUUUCAACUUUGAGAUAAUAAGUUCAUCAUCUAUAACUACCUAUCCUUCCAGCUCAUGUUUGUGUGCUUAUGUAUAUUCUCUCUCUCUCUGUGUCUCUUUCUGUGUCUCUCUCUCUCUCUCUCUCUCUCUCUCUUUCUCUCUCUCUCUCUCUCUCUCAUUUCUUUAAACUUACUACAAUUUCAAAUCCACCAUUUCUCAAAAAAUGAUCCAUGCCCUUCUUACAUAAAAGUCAACCAGGAUGUGUAUUACAAAUAGAUUCUGGUGCUCACCUCAGACUUAGUGAAUGAUAAUUUCAGGAUCUGGUCCUUCCAGAUCUGCUUCUUACAAAGGUUAAAGUUUGAUAAUCACUGCUAAAAUCCAUAGAAACUUCCAUUUUAUUCCUAGUGGUGCUCUUUUAAUCUCUACUCCCUUCCUUGCCUAGCUUAGAUUUCAUUGUUCAUCACUUUAGCCAAAAUACUUUUGCUGCUUUGAAUUAUUGCCCCAUUGUUCUGACUUACUUACCUGGUCAAAGAAAAACUAAAUAACCCUGAGGUUGAAGUUCCAUGCCUGCACCUGGGAUGUUGAGCACUACUGAGGCAAAUUGCACAAUUGGGCAAGUUCUAGCAACCAUGAAUUCAUGUCAUUAACCUAAACUAGACAUAAUUCUGUGCUCUUGCAAUGAGCUCUCUCUACCUGUUACCACAGCAGCAAUUCCUAAUAUUCCCCCAUUCUUCAUAAUUAAAAAAAAAAAAACUAACCUCCCUGUCCUCCUACCUUAAAGCCUACCACCAACCAGCACAAUCCCAAUGUAGCACAUGACCUCAUCUGUGUUUGUUGGGGGGUGGGGGAUGGAACAGGAAAUGGAAAAACAAAGUACAGAACAGCACUUCCUCAUGGGGUCCAAUCAGUAACUCUGAUUUAU